CGGCGGGACGCCCUCCCACGGAGAGCACAGACCUGCGUGGGGAUGGCCACGAGGGUGCGCACGGCUGCCAUCUGGGUCCCACCCCUCCAGGAAGGAGACAGUCCAUGCGGUAGGAUCAGAAGGCUCCACAGUCAGGAAUCCAUCCUGCGUCAAGGGACCCCUGCCCAGAGCCCCCUCCCUAGAGAACCCCAGCCGAGGCACAAGAGCCUCAGGACAGAGCAGGUCCUAGAGUGGCUGUUUAGUUCCCAGGAGCAGCCGAAAACCGCCACGUCCCAGGGACCGUUGUCAUUCACGGAUGUGUGUGUGCACUUUACCUGGGAAGAAUGGCAACUGCUGGACGCAGUGCAGAAGCACCUGUACAGGAUUGUGACGUUGGAGAAUUAUGGCCACCUGGUCUCCCUGGGAUAUCAACACACCAAACCUGAUAUCAUCCUCAAGUUGGAACAAGAGGGAGAGCAGUGGAUGACGCAGUCCCACGUGCCAAGUCAGGGCCAGCCAGUAUUCUGGAACAUCACAAUGAUGUUUCUGACAAAGUCUGGGAAAUGGAGAAUCACAUGGAAUGGCCUCAGGGAAAUCAAGGCAAGUUGGGAAGUUCAGCAAAACACUGUGAACACACUGCAUUUGGAAAACUAUGUCUUCUUACUACAGAUUCUGUUUCCUCAAGACAAAAGCUUUAUAAAUAUGACACACAUGGAAAGAGUUUGA